CGGGGAACUAACAACACCACAACAAGCGGCGAUGACGAACGGCGGCAGCACUGGCUCAGGUGGUGGUGGCGGAGUUGGCGAUGGACGUGGAGAUGGCGACCACCAGCAGCACCAGCAGCAGCAGCAGCAGCAGCAACGGCAACAGCGCACAGCAUCAUCACCUCCAGUCGUUACAGAUGUCCAAGACGAGCUGCAGCCGUUCUUCCAGGAGGACUUUGACGUGGCCUCCUUCUCCACCAGCGUCAUUCGCGGAAAGAUGAUCCAGCAGCAGCUGGACAAGUUGAACGCUGGUAUCGAACGGAUACAGAAGGAGCUUUAUGCGCAGGUUGCAUCGAGACACGCAGACUUGAUUACCCAAGCGACUGGCAUUCAGAGGCUUGAAGAUGUGCUUGCGAUGAUCACUGCACGUGUGGAGGGGUUGCAGAAGAGUAUUCUCCGAAUCAAGGACAAGCUGCAUGCGCCAUAUCAGCACAUUGCACAGAAGACGCGCAAGCUGGAGCGCAUGCAAGCGGCGUGCGAGCUGCUCCGCCGGACUGUCCGCUUCCUCACGCUCGUCUCAAAGCUUAAGCAGCAGCGCAGCGGCGGCGACAAGGACAUGAGCAGGGCUGCGUACACGCUGAGCGAAAUCCAGCACCUUGUUGCAGACAAAGCGCUGCAUGGCAUCCACGUGAUUGAGCGCGACCGCGCAUGGGUGUACGAGACACGCGAAGACAUUGAGAAACAGGCCCGCGAGAAGCUCAGCCGUGGGCUGGACCACCUGAAGCACCAGACGCUGACAACAUCGCUGCAGGUCUUCCACAACCUCGGAUCCCUCAAGGACGAGGUUGACUCUGUGCUGCAGUCGCGGAUGCUGGUGCUGGUGCGGUCGCUCGAUUCGCUCCUCUUCCUCCCAUCAGACCUCAGCGGGAAACACAGCAUGGACAGCGGCAUCCGCGCGCAUGUGUGGGACCACCUUGACCGGUUCCUGAAGCAGUUUCGAAAGCUUGCGUUUGAGAGCCGCACCCUCCAUCUCGUCAUGAUGAAACGGCGAUCGCAGUCGUCCUACCACACAUUCGCACAGCUGGUGGAGCCCUCCCCAGGUGGGGUUGCGCAUCGCGUGUGGUCGGAAAUGCUGACGACUGCAAAGGCCGCAUUCGACAAGACAGACGGGUCGAACGCUGCGCGACGGGUGCUUGAGGCCGGAUAUCCAAAGAUGCUGCAGCUCUUCCUUGACAAGUGGAGGCAAAUUCUGGACCACUUCAGUGCGGAUUACAGUUCCGAUUUGCUGCGCGCAGAGCAGUCGCAACUGCGGGACACGUGA